AUGAAAGUGUUCCAUGCUUUCUGUGUUGUCCUUUUGAUAUUUGGGAGCUUCUCUGAAGCAAAGUUUGAUGAUUUUGAGGAUGAGGAAGACCUAGUAGAGUAUGAUGAUAAUGACUUUGCUGAAUUUGAGGAUGUCACGGAAGACUCUAGGACUCAGUCUCCUCAACGGGUGAUAACGACUGAAGAUGAUGAAGAGGAGGCCACUGUGGAGUUGGAAGGCCAGGAUGAAAACCAAGAGGAAGAUUUUGAAGAUGCAGAUACCCAAGAGGGAGAUACCGAAAGUGAGCCGUAUGAUGAUGAAGAAUUUGAAGGUUAUGAAGACAAACCAGAUACUUCUUCUAGCAAAAAUAAAGACCCAAUAACAAUUGUUGAUGUUCCUGCUCACCUCCAGAACAGCUGGGAGAGUUACUACCUAGAAAUCCUGAUGGUGACUGGUCUGCUCGCCUACAUCAUGAAUUAUAUCAUUGGAAAGAAUAAGAACAGUCGCCUUGCCCAGGCCUGGUUUAACACUCAUAGAGAGCUUUUGGAGAGCAACUUUACCCUAGUAGUUUCAGAGCCACUUAUGAGGUGUGUAUUGAAGGCUUGGCGGGACUCCCAACGUUGUGUAGUGGGGGCACAAAUAAAAGUAACCAUGAAUGAUGAAGACAUGGAUACCUAUGUGUUUGCUGUUGGCACACGGAAAGCCUUGGUGCGACUGCAGAAGGAGAUGCAGGAUCUGAGUGAGUUUUGUAGUGAUAAGCCUAAGUCUGGAGCAAAGUAUGGACUGCCCGAUUCCUUGGCCAUCCUGUCAGAGAUGGGAGAAGUCACAGAAGGAAUGAUGGAUACAAAGAUGGUUCAUUUUCUUACACACUAUGCUGACAAGAUAGAAUCUGUUCAUUUUUCAGACCAGUUCUCUGGUCCAAAAAUUAUGCAAGAGGAAGGUCAGCCUUUAAAGCUACCUGACACUAAGAGGACACUCUUGUUUACAUUUAAUGUGCCUGGCUCAGGUAACACUUACCCAAAGGAUAUGGAGGCUUUGCUACCCCUGAUGAACAUGGUGAUUUAUUCUAUUGAUAAAGCCAAAAAGUUCCGACUCAACAGAGAAGGCAAACAAAAAGCAGAUAAGAACCGGGCCCGAGUAGAAGAGAAUUUCUUGAAGCUGACUCACGUGCAGAGACAGGAAGCUGCACAGUCCAGGCGUGAGGAGAAGAAAAGAGCAGAGAAGGAGCGAAUCAUGAACGAGGAAGAUCCUGAGAAACAGCGCAGGCUGGAGGAAGCUGCUUUGAGACGUGAGCAAAAGAAGUUGGAGAAGAAGCAAAUGAAAAUGAAACAAAUCAAAGUGAAAGCCAUGUAA